GAACCAAUUCAAGGCUUAGGCAAACAUUCUUUCAAUGGCUCGAUUUGCAGAAAAACUUGCUGUGCCUAUGAUUCUUCUGCUAGUGGUUAUUACUAUAGCGGAAGCAAAAACUCCACCUGGGAUAGCUAAGAACCCAAGCCAUGCAAGAUGUAAUAUCAAGAAGUAUAAGAUGUGCUACAAUUUGGAGCAUGUUUGCCCAAAAUUCUGCCCUGACAGCUGCACUGUUGAAUGUGCUUCUUGCAAGCCUAUCUGCAGUGGUGGCUCUACUCCUCCUGACAGUGGCUCUCCGCCAUACUCACCCGCCCCUUCGACUGGCAACAAUGACAAUGAUAACAAUAAUGGCAAUAAUAAUGGCAACAACAACACUGGCAACAAUAAUGGCAACAACAACGGCAACAACAAUGGAGACAACGACGACCAUGGCAAGACACCACCGUCUGACUCUCACACCCCUUCACCACCAGACUAUCAUACUCCUCCAUCAAAUGUGCCACCUCCUCAACAUUACCCAACUCCAUCUCCUCCAACUACUCCAACUCCUACACCCUCUUCACCAUCAACACCAACACCAACACCUCCUACUCCUGCACCCCGUACACCAUCACCGACGCCUCCUACUCCUACACCCUCUUCACCAUCACCAUCAGAGUCAACACCAACACCUCCUACUCCUACACCCAGUACGCCAUCGCCAUCGCCAACGCCUCCUACGCCUACACCCUCUUCACCGUCACCAUCAACACCAACACCAACACCAUCUACACCAUCAUCAACACCUCCUACUCCUACACCCUCUUCACCUUCUCCAUCAACUCCUUCUACCUCACCAAAGACGGCCAAAUGCAAAAACAAAUACUAUCCACAAUGCUACAAUACUGAGCAUGUCUGCCCCAGUUCUUGUCCUGGUGGAUGUGAGGUCGAUUGUGUCACUUGCAAGCCUGUCUGCAAAUGUGACAGACCUGGAGCAGUCUGCCAAGACCCUCGAUUCAUCGGUGGAGAUGGCAUUACUUUCUACUUCCAUGGCAAGAAAGACCAUGAUUUUUGCCUUGUUUCUGACAACAAUCUCCACAUCAACGCCCAUUUCAUUGGCAAGAGAAAUGAAAAGAUGACAAGGGACUUCACUUGGGUCAAGUCUAUUGCAAUCCUCUUUGGCAAUCACCAAAUCUUCCUCGGUGCACUUAAAACCUCAACAUGGGAUGACUCUGCAGACCGCCUUGCUCUCUCCUUUGACGGUGAACCUUUGACUCUCUUGGAAAAUGAAGGCAGCAGGUGGCAAUCCGCAAACGUCCCAGGCUUAUCCAUCACCAGAACUAGCAGUACCAAUAAUGUCGUAGUUGAAGUUGAAGGGCAUUUUCAGAUCACAGCUAAGGUCGUGCCAAUAACUGAAGAAGAUUCAAGAAUUCAUAACUAUGGUAUUACUAAAGAUGAUUGCUUUGCUCAUCUUGAUCUUGGGUUUAAAUUUUACUCUUUAAGUGAUGAAGUGAAUGGUGUGUUGGGCCAAACCUAUAGACCUGGAUAUGUAAGUCGUGUGAAUAUUGGUGCAAAGAUGCCCGUAAUGGGAGGCAACAAAGAGUUUCUAACUUCAAGCCUCUUCGCCGCGGAUUGUGCAGUAGCUCGAUUCAGUAGUGACAAUGGCUUCAAUGCUGAAGGUGCUUUGCAGGAUUUUGAGUUACCAGGCUUGAGCUGUGCAAGUGGGAUGGAUGGACAAGGAGUAGUAUGCAAGAGAUAGGCAUAUACAUAUUAUAAACUCAGUUAUGUUACAAUAAGAUAAUUGAGAAUAAAAUUGCUAACCAUUAGAGGUGAAAAACAAAAAAUAAAGAAGAAAAACUUCUAGUCCUGCAAAUUAAUACUAUGAUUGGCUCCAUGACUUUGUUGCAGAAUAAUUAAUAUGAAAUGAGAAUUACUUCUUUUGAAUCAUUUACAUAAGGUUUUAAA